AUGGGAUGUAUAUUAACAGUUGAAGAAAAGAAGAGUAGAUCUAUAGAUUACCAAUUGAGAAAGGAUGGUAACUAUGCAAAGAAUGAAACCAAAUUAUUAUUGUUGGGUCCAGGUGAAUCUGAAGAUGGAGGUUUCUCAACAGAAGAAAGAUUAGAAUAUAGAUAUAUUAUUUAUGGAAAUUGUAUAAGUCAAAUGAAGGUAUUAGUAAUGCACGCAAUCAAAACCGAACUUAAACCAGCCAAUCCAGAAAAUGAAGAAAGAUUUGAUAGAAUUUCAAAGAUUACACCAGGAGGUAAUUCAUGGUCUUUGGAAGUUGCCAAUGAUAUCAAGGCACUAUGGGAUGAUGAAAAUAUUAAAAAGGUUUAUGAACAAAGAGAUAAGAGUUUCCAAUUAAAUGAUUCUGCUGAAUAUUUCUUUAAGAAUAUUGCAAGAUUUGCAACAGAUGAUUAUGUACCAAGUCAAGAUGAUGUUUUGAGAUCUAGAGUUAGAACAACAGGUAUUCAAGAAGCCAAUUUCAAGUUCCACGAUAUUGAAUUUAGAAUGCUCGAUGUUGGUGGACAACGUAGUGAACGUCGUAAAUGGAUUCAUUGUUUUGACUCUGUCACUGCAGUUAUAUUUUGUGUGGCAUUGAGUGAAUACGAUCAAUCACUCAGAGAAGAUGAAUCACAAAACAGAAUGAAAGAGUCGUUGUUGCUCUUUGACGAAAUCAUCAACAGUCAUUGGUUCCGCAGCACCGCCUUUAUCCUCUUUUUCAACAAGGUCGAUCUCUUUAGAGAAAAGAUUACAAAGAUCGAACUCGGCGAAUUCUUCCCAGCCUACAAGGGUGGUCUCAACUACGAAAAUGGCAGUCAGUUUGUUAAAAAGAUGUUUUUGGACCAAAGCCACAGCUCUCAUAUGAUUUUCCCUCAUUUCACCUGCGCCAUUGAUACUCAAAACAUUCAAUUUGUAUUCCAGGCCGUAAGAGAAACAUUGUUAAUGCAUGUCCUCGGUGGUUUGGGUUGGGAAAUGAAUUAA